AUGGAGAACAAUAAUACCACUCAAGUUAAAGAAUUCUUUCUUCUUGGAUUUCCCAAUCUACUGGAAAUGCAGAUCCUCCUUUUUAUAUUUUUUUCUGUUGCUUAUAUCCUAACAGUAUCCGAGAACAUACUGAUUAUUCUAAUUAUACAGCUACAUACCAAUCUUCAAAAACCAAUGUACUUUUUCCUCAGUAACUUAUCUUUUUUAGAGAUUUGUUACAUCUCAGUCACAGUUCCAAAUCUACUGGUCAAUGUUCUUACGGACAUUAAGACUAUCUCCUUCUCUGGGUGUAUGACACAACUUUUUUUUUUCAUAUCACUGAUGUGUACAGAAUGUGUUCUCUUGGCUGUCAUGGCUUUUGACAGGUAUAUUGCAGUUUGCUAUCCACUACACUAUGUCAGAAUCAUGAACCAUGAGCUUUGUGUUCAAUUAGCAGCAUUUUCCUGGAUAGCAGGGUUUGUUACUACUUUGAUUAAGAUCUCCUUUAUAUCCAGAUUAUCCUUUUGUGGCCCUAACAUUAUCAAUCAUUUUUUCUGUGACAUUUCUCCUAUGUUGAACCUUGCCUGUAUAGACAUGUCAGUGGCAGAAAUGGUAGAUUUCAUAUUAGCAUUAGUGAUUCUCCUCAUCCCUCUUUUGGUUACAGUUAUGUCUUACAUCCGUAUAAUUUACAGUAUAUUGAAAAUACCAACCUCUGUAGGGAGACAGAAGGCCUUUUCCACUUGUGCUUCCCAUCUGACUGUCGUCACAAUAUUUUUUUCUACAACAUUGUUUAUGUAUGCUCGCCCAAAGAAGGCCAAAUCGGUGGAUGGAAACAAAAUUGUAUCACUAUUAUAUGCUGUUUUCACUCCAAUUAUAAACCCUUUCAUUUAUUGCCUCAGAAACAAGGAAAUAUGGAACAUACUAAAUAAGUAUUUUUGCUGUAAAAGAGUUUUCACCUACUAUAAGUAA